AGAAGCAAACAUGAAAGAGAAACCACAAACUUGAACUUCUGAUUUCCUCAAACAGAUUUCCCAGAGAAGGCUUGUUUAAAUUAGUAUCUGAGCCUUCGGAGAACAAGUUUCUCUGAGAAGCUGCUGAGAAGGAAGUAUGAUUCUUCAUUCCUGCCUGCCUUUCUCAACAAGAUAUGUCUAGGAAAAUGUUCAAGCUCCUGCCAGUUGUGUUACUUGAUAUCCAGCUUCAUUUGAUGACAGCUUUAUUCACAGUGGAAGUUCUUCAGCCUCGGUAUUCUGUGGAGCACGGUAGCAAUGUGAUAUUGAGAUGCCGUUUUCCAGUCGAUUCCCAGUUAAAUUUUAAAAUGUUAAGCAUCUUGUGGAAAAGAAUAUCAUCAAAACAAGAAGAAAAAGAAAUCUACAAGCUCCACAAGGGGCAGGAAGACCUCACACUGCAAGAUCCAGACUACAGAGGGAGAGCCACCCUACUGCACGAAGAAUUACCAAUGGGGUUUUCAGCACUCAGUAUCACCAGUGUAAAGAUCACAGAUGCAGGCUCUUUCCUCUGUGUCAUUAACUAUGGAGAGGCUGAUUACAAAUACAUUACUUUGGAAGUAAAAGCUUCGUACAAAAGAAUAAACAUCCAGAAAAUGAAAGAUCCUGAGGAAGAGGGCCUGAUUUUAAUUUGUCAGUCAGAAGGGUAUCCCCUGGCUGAGGUAUCCUGGCACGAUGGAAGGAAACCUAAUGUCAGCAUGGUUGCAAACACUACUUUUGAACUGACUGAUGAAGGACUGUUCAAUGUAACCAGCGUCCUGCAAGUCAAGCAAAGCAUUAGUGAAAACUACACCUGUGUGUUCUGGAAUAAAAAACUGAAUGAAAAAACGUCAGAAUACGUAUCAGCGUUUCAGUUAGAUUAUAUGGGCGAAUCAACUACUGAGUAUCAAAAAAAGCUUCUCAUUUCAUUUAUCCCAAUUAGUUUGGUGGUGUUAUCUUUUCUAGCAGUGUUUGUCUUUAAAGUUUUAAGGAGAAAAUCAUCCACAAAUCUGUGCAUCCAGCAAGGUAACUGUAGGAAUGUUUCCUACCGCUCAAGAGUGAAAGAAGUAGAUGUCAGUUUGAACAUCACUAGCAGUCCUUUAAUUUGACAAAUCAGGAUUCUCCAUGUGUUGUUUCUGCAUCUGAAGGGUAAUCCAAACCUGGAAGACUUGCACAAUGAUGAAAAGACCUAGAUCUUGGUGACACGUUGGCACCUGCAUCAUAUUCAUCCCAUGAGAUAAGAGUUUAACGUGGAAUGCCCCUUGUCUUUCCACCACACCUCUGAGGAGAUUUGGAUCUCACCAAUGGAAGAACUCAGACAAGCAUGUGAUGUUGUUUUCAAUUCUGCACUUUUCAUAUUUCCCUUUUAGAAAAAAAUCAGGAAGUUGCAGCACUUUAGAGGUAAACUCUGCUUCUGUUUUUUAUCAGUAUUA